AUGAAGGAAGAGCAAUCAGAAUCCAAAGAUGAUACACCUUGUCGUUUUUUUUAUCAUUGGGUAAGGAAAAAUUUCCACCAGAAAUCAUACGGUUAUAGUCUGAAGGACGCCCUGACAGUAAUUUACAAAACACUAGGGAAAGAUUCAGGCCAGAAUAUAUGUAAUAUUAUAUACGAUGAUGCUGAUGAUGAUACUGCCAAGUAUAGGAGAAAACUAUAUGAGCAUUACCAUGAUUGUACUGCCGUACAGAAGUAUUUAGAACAAAUAAAGAGUCACGCAGGUGGAGCGGAGAAAGACUCACAGUGGACAUAUUACAAGGCGGAACUUACUAAUGCAUGUGAUACUGUAGGGGAUUAUUGCGGAGAAAAAGGGGAAGGUACAACUAGUAAGGACCCAUAUUGUGGCGAGUACCAUAAGAACAAGUACAAAUGUUUCUGUAAAGAAAUAGAGAAACUAUCAAAUAACCCAUCAGGGCAUCCAUCGAAGGGCUCAUCACAGCUGUCACAACUAAAAUUAACGUGUCCUACAUUAACAGAACUAGAACUGGAAUCAGAAGCAGAAACAGAAGCGGAGGCGGAACCCUGUCCAAAACUGGAAACGGAUCCUGUACGGGGGAUAGUAGAGGUUAGGCAAUCCCAUUUGGGAGCACAAGCAGUGGUGGUGGAAAUUCCUGAACCUCAUGUAGCAACUACAUUGUCUAUGGAUGGUGGUCCCGAACCUUCAGUUCAGGCAGUUUCCCUGCCAGAUUCUCGGCAGGGUGAUGAACAUGAGCAUACAAAACCUGAUUUAAGUGUCACGCAGAAACUUCCUUCAUUCAGCCAUGGAAAUGGCGAGGACCAUACUCUACGACAUGGAAGUAGUGUGGUGGAAGCGAGCUCUAUAAGUACACCCAAUACAGAAAACAACAACAGCACUAUUACUACCGCCAUACCUUCUGUACUUAGCACAAUAGGAAUAGGUCUCCCAACGGUAGUUUUCCUUUUAUAUAAAGUGAGUAAAUAA